AUGUCGCUAGUUACAACUUCAGAAGCAUCUGUGACUUCCUCUAGAGCCUUCACCAGUGGGCCAAAGUCUCCAGAGUUUCACCCCAGUGUACAAGUCAACCUUAUCUGUGGGUUUAGCUGGUCUUCAAGGUCAUCGUCGGGUCUGGUCCUCGUCGGGUCCGGGUCCUCGUCGGUUCCAGGUCCUCGUCGGGUCCCGCUCGUCGGGUCCAGGUCUCGUCAGUCCACAGGUCUCGUCGGGUCUGGUCCUCGUCGGGUCCCAGGUCCUCGUCAGGUCCACAGGUCCUCGUUGGUUCCGGGUCCUCGUCAGGUCCGGUCCUCGUCGGGUCCACAGGUCCUCGUUGGUUCCACAGUUCUCGUCGGCAGGUCCUCGUCGGUCACGGUCCUCGUCGGGUCCACAGGUCGUCGGUCCGAGUCCUCGUCAGGUCUAGGUCUCGUCAGGUCACAGGUCCUCGUCGAGUCCACAGGUCCUCGUCAGGUCCUCGUCAGGUCCCAGGUCCUCGUCGGGUCCAUAGGUCUCUCGGGUCCACAGGUCCUCGUUGUUUCCAGUUCUCGUCGUUCAACCUGUCCCCGGGUCCACAGGUCUCGUCAGGUCCACAGGUCCUCGUCAGGUCCACAGGUCCUCGUCGGGUCCCAGGUCUCGUUGGUUCCACAGGUCCUCGUCAGGUCCACAGGUCUCAUCAGGUCCAUAGGUCUCGUCAGGUCCACAGGUCCUCGUCGGUCCCAGGUCCUCGUCGGGUCCACAGGUCCUCGUCGGGUCCACAGUCCUCGUUGGUUCCCAGGUCCUCGUCAGGUCCAGGUCCUCGUCGGGUCCACAGGUCUCGUCAGGUCUGGUCUCGUCAGGUCCACAGGUCUCGUCGGGUCCACAGGUCUCGUUGGUUCCACAGGUCCUCGUCAGGUCCAGGUCUCGUUGGUUCUCAUUCCUCGUCAGUUACCUUCGUCUCGUCGGGUCUGGGUCUCGUCAGGUCCACAGUCCUCGUCAGGUCCAGGUCCUCUCGUCGGUCCUGAGUCCUCGUUGUUCCACAGGUCUCGUCAGGUCCAGAGUCCUCGUCGGGUCCACAGGUCCUCGUUGGGUCAGGUCCUCGUCGGGUCCACAGGUCUCGUCGGGUCCACAGGUCUCGUCAGAUGGGUCCUCGUCAGGUCCACAGGUCCUCGUCGGGUCCACAGGUCCUCGUCAGGUCCCAGGUCCUCGUCGGGUCCACAGGUCCUCGUCAGUUCCUGGUUCCUCGUCAGGUCCACAGGUCCUCGUCGGGUUCCACAGGUCCUCGUCAGGUCCAGGUCCUCGUCAGGUCCACAGGUCCUCGUCGGGUCCACAGGUCUCGUCAGUCCCAGUCUCUCGGGUCGUUCCUCGUCGGGUCCCAGGUCCUCGUCAGGUCCACAGGUCUCGUUGGUUCCACAUUCCUCGUCAGUUCAACCUGUCUCGUCGGGUCACAGGUCCUCGUCAGGUCCACAGGUCUCGUCGGGUCCCAGGUCCUCGUCGGGUCCAGGUCCUCGUUGGUUCCACAGUUCCUCGUCAGUUCAACCUGUCCCCGCCGGGUCCCGGGUCUCGUCAGGUCCCAGGUCCUCGUCAGGUCCACAGGUCCUCGUCGGGUCCACAGGUCCGUUGGUUCCACAGGCCUCGUCAGGUCCACAGGUCCUCAUCAGGUCCACAGGUCCUCGUCAGGUCCACAGGUCUCGUCAGGUCCACAGGUCCUCGUCGGGUCCACAGGUCCUCGUCGGGUCCACAGGUCCUCGUUGGUUCCACAGGUCCUCGUCAGGUCCACAGGUCCUCGUCGGGUCCACAGGUCUCGUCGGGUCCACAGGUCCUCGUCAGGUCCACAGGUCCUCGCCGGGUCCACAGGUCCUCGUUGGUUCCACAGGUCCUCGUCAGGUCCACAGGUCCCGUUGGUUCCACAGUUCCUCGUCAGUUCAACCUGUCCUCGUCGGGUCCACAGGUCCUCGUCAGGUCCACAGGUCCUCGUCAGGUCCACAGGUCCUCGUCGGGUCCACAGGUCCUCGUUGGUUCCACAGGUCCUCGUCAGGUCCACAGGCCUCGUCGGGUCCACAGGUCCUCGUUGGGUCCACAGGUCCUCGUCGGGUCCCACAGGUCCUCGUCGGGUCCACAGGUCCCGUCGGUCCACAGGUCCUCGUCGGGUCCACAGGUCCUCGUCGGGUCCACAGGUCCUCGUCAGGUCCACAGGUCCUCGUCGUCCACAGGUCCUCGCGUUCCCUCGUCAGGUCCACAGGUCCUCGUCGGGUCCACAGGUCCUCGUCGGGUCCACAGGUCCUCGUCAGGUCCACAGGUCCUCGUCGGGUCCACAGGUCCUCGUCAGGUCCACAGGUCCUCGUCGGGUCCACAGUCCUCGUCGGGUCCACAGGUCCUCGUCAGGUCCACAGGUCCUCGUUGGUUCCACAGUUCCUCGUCAGUUCAACCUGUCCUCGUCGGGUCCACAGGUCCUCGUCAGGUCCACAGGUCCUCGUUGGUUCCACAGUUCGUCAGUUCAACCUGUCCUCGUCGGGUCCACAGGUCCUCGUCGGGUCCACAGGUCCUCGGGGUCCACAGGUCCCGUCAGAUCCACAGGUCCUCGUCGGUCCACAGGUCCUCGUCAGUUCAACCUGUCCUCGUCGGGUCCACAGGUCUCCCGUCGGGUCCACAGGUCCUCGUCGGGUCCACAGGUCCUCGUCAGGUCCACAGGUCCUCGUCGUCCACAGGUCCGUCGGGUCCACAGGUCCUCGUCGGGUCCACAGGUCCCUCGUCGGGUCCACAGGUCCUCAUUGGUUCCACAGAUCCCCGUCGGGUCCACAGGUCUCGUCAGUUCAACCUGUCCUCGUCGGGUCCACAGGUCCUCGUCAGUUCAACCUGUCCUCGUCAGGUCCACAGGUCCUCGUCGGGUCCACAGGUCCUCGUCCUCGUCAGGUCCACAGGUCCUCGUCGGGUCCACAGGUCCUCGUCGGGUCCACAGGUCCCUCGUCGGUCCACAGGUCCUCGUCGGUCCGCAGGUCCUCCCUCGGGUCCACAGGUCCCUCGUCAGGUCCACAGGUCCUAGUCAGGUCCACAGGUCCUCGUCAGGUCCACAGGUCCUCGUCGGGUCCACAGGUCCUCGUCAGGUCCACAGGUCCUCGUCGGGUCCACAGGUCCUCGUCGGGUCCACAGGUCCUCGUCAGGUCCACAGGUCCUCGUCGGGUCCACAGGUCCUCGUCAGGUCCACAGGUCCUCGUCGGUCCACAGGUCCCUGUCGGGUCCACAGGUCCUCGUCGGGCCACAGGUCCUCGUCGGGUCCGCAGGUCCUUGCCGGGUCCACAGGUCCUAGUCAGGUCCACAGGUCUCGUCAGGUCCACAGGUCCUCGCCGGGUCCACAGGUCCCGUUCGUUCCACAGGUCCUCGUCGGGUCCACAGGUCCUAGUCAGGUCCACAGGUCCUCGUCAGGUCCACAGGUCCCCGUCGUCCAGGUCCUCGUCGGGUCCACAGGCGUCCUCGUCGGGUCCACAGGUUCCGUCGGGUCCGUACCUCGUCGGGUCUGCAGGUCCUCGCCGGGUCCACAGGUCUCUGUCGGGUCCACAGGUCCCCGUCGGGUCCACAGGUCUCGUCGGGUCCACAGGUCUCGUCGGGUCCGCAGGUCCUCGUCGGGUCCGCAGGUCUCUCGCCGGGUCCAGAGGUCCUCGCCGGGUCCACAGGUCUCGCCGGGUCCACAGGCCUUGCCGGUCCACAGGUCUCGUCGGGUCCACAGGUUCUGCCGGGUCCACAGGUCUCGUCAGGUCCACAGGUCUCGCCGGGUCCACAGGCCCGCUAAGUGGCAGCUAUGGUGGUUGCGGUAGCUAUGAUGGCGGUGGCGGCAGCUUGUAUGGCGGCGCAGUUGUGGUGGCAAUGGUGUUUAUGCAGCUAUGA